AGCAAGAUUGUCAUAUACAAGGAUUUUUACGUCUAAAGAAAAAAACUAAAUUUGGUCAUUAUAAACCAUCAACUGACGAAAAAAAGAAUAAAAUAAAUGGUAUAAAAGAUUUUCUAAAGAUUGAUAAAAUACAUUUUGAACCAGUUGGGAGUGAGCUUGACUCUAUACACUACUAUAAAAAAACUUAUAAUAAAUGUUCUAUUCAUAAUCGAAAAGAAGUUGAAUAUGAUGUAAAACGUUUUUCCAAAUACGAAUUCAUCAGAAACACAAUAUCAACUUCCAAUAAAAAACGAGUAACAAAUUGUCGAUAUAGCUAUGAAUAUUUAAAUGAUUUUUCAGAAUGUAAAUGGUGCACUUUGGAAUGUUGUUCUCAAC